AUGCAUAAGUUCUUGAAUCGUCCAGAGUUCACUGCUCAAAUAAAUUCUUUUUGCUUGCCUCACAGUAUCAACUGGCCAUUUAUCCCCCCAGACACCCCUCACUUCGGAGGAUUAUGGGAGGCCAACAUAAAGUCAUGUAAAUCUAUUUUGAAGCGAAUUACUGGUACUCAAGUGUACACCCAAGAAGAAUGGUCCACAUUGUUCACACAAAUCGAAGCCAUCAUGAACUCUAGACCCCUGAGUGCACUAUCUGUUGACUGCCACGACUGCAACGUAUUAACACCUGGACAUUUUUUGAUUGGACGGCCUCUAAUCACUCUACCAAGCAAAGAUUACUCCACCACUCCAUCCAACAAGCUGACAAGAUGGAAUCUUCUACAACAACAGCAACAGCGUUUCUGCAAGUUGUGGUCGUCGGACUAUCUGCUAACGCUGCAGCAACGCUCGAAAUGGAGAACACCUAACGUGCAAUUUCAUGUUGGGGAUCUUGUCGUCAUCAAAGAUGAGAAUACACCAACCAACCUCUGGCCUUUAGCAAGAAUCACAGCAGUACAACCAAGUGCACGCGAUCAUUUGGUGCGUGUCGUUGCAGUCAAGACUCAAAACUCUUCCUAUACCAGACCUAUUACAAAGCUCAUAAGGCUACCACUACCGCAAGAGACUGAAUGA